AAAAAAGAUCUUUGUACAAUCACACAUGGCACUAUUUAUUAAAAAUUAAUACAUUUGCUAUUAUUACAAUUGGAAAAAGGUCAUUAGUAUUAACCUAGCUAUGUGCAAGCGCAGUUACGGUACAUUAAACAGUAAUUAUUGAGCUUGUGCACUGGAGAGUACCGUACUUCCAUGACUCAUAUGCAAUAUCAGUUAUAUGAAGGGAAUUCCAGAGAGAACAGGACUUGCUUAAUUUUUUUAGCAGUAGUAAUUAACUUCUGCAUAUCCAGUGUAAUUAUUUCUAUUGAUUGAAGCAGAGAAGAUAUUUUCCUACCUAAAGACAAUAAUCUCAGGUUACAGUAUGUGCCUGUUCCCAAAAUACUAUUUCAAGCAGUGAGUAGAACUGUAAUUUGUCAAGCACCCUGGUUUUCAUCAGUGUUUUCUGCUGCUAUAGCAGAGUAAAAACUGUUACACAGCCAUAGGAGACUCUUGAUUACUGGGAGAGGAGGAAAGGUAACAAGCUGAAAAUGAGAAUAGUGCUCCUGCCCCUUUGUGUGUUGAAAUACACAUUAAAUACACAUUAAAAUAAAAAUCAACAAGGAUACACUCGCUACAAAUUUGCAAAGUAGUAUAAUACCAGAUGGCAUUAUGCACUGAACAACCUUGUGCCUACAUUCCCACAUUAAGAAUACAGCCUACCUACACUGUAUACAAGAAGAUGUUCAAACUGCAGUAAAGCACUUAAUGAUUUAUUAAAGACCAUCUGUCAGUAUGAAUCUUCUGUUUCCAGUUCUAUUAAUUCAGAAAUUAAUGCUCGCUCAGUCUCUUCCCCCAUCCUUCUGCCAACUUCGUAUAAUCCUGAAGGUAUUAUGGGCCUUUUGUCAGCAUCUUAAAUAUAGUGAUUUGAGUCAGAUGCACUGACCAUCAAGGAUUGGCAAUGAGAUGGGAGCACUCCCUCUUCUCUUGCAUGCUUGUUUUCACUUGCAAGAGUUACAGACAUGGGCUUUAAAAAAAAAUGAAGUGGAGGGGUCCCUCCACUGGAUCUUGAACCUGCCCUGCUGCUAUCCAUGAAGAUAAUGGAUCCAAUCCAGAUGCUGGAAAGAGGAUUUUUUCUUCCCCAGUGCAAGCAGUGGGACUGUGGAUGUUGCAGAGGUCAUACCACUCAUGUUUGGCUUGCUGCUUGCUUGCUUAUUUAAUUUCUGUACUGCUUAAUGUAUUAAAAAAUAUUGCUAAGCUGCGUACAAAAAACCGAAGCAACAACUGUAAGCAAUGUUAAGCAAUAUUUUGUUUGACAGCUUAAACAAAAUAUUACAAAAAUGCACAGUUACCUAUAAAAAUGUUACAUGAAUACAACAUAUAUUGUCUUAUUUUAUUUAUAUCCCGCCUUUCCCCCUAACUGGACUCGAGGCGGCUUACAACUAAAAUAGAAACAGCUAAAGACACAUAAAAGUGGAUGGUGGAAAGGAGCAAUGUCUCUGCAGCCUCUUUUGCGUGACUUCGGAGGACUUAAGCCUUUUACGGAGAUGUCAAAGACACCGGAACUGUCGCGCUAGGAAACCGGACGUCGGUUGCUGCGCUUGGACCCUCGCGUUUGCUUUAUCUCUACGGCAUUGUAGCCGAAUAAGAGGUCGAAAGACAGGGAAGAGCGGCCUUCUCUCCACAGGACGGAGAUAUGCUCCUCCUACUUCCGGCUCCGGAAGUGAAGGAGUAAAAAAGGGGGGCGUCGUCGCCAUGGCAACCGCAAGAAGCCGGCGGAAGGAGCCGAAUUCAGAAGGGCGGUAUCGGAACGAGCGGAAAAAGGAAACAAAUUUACAGGGAGAAAAUGCAGUUUUCUGGAGGCAGCAGACGGAAGUUGUUGAAGGUGGUGGCUGAUAGACAGGAUCAAUACCCUCUUAGCCUUCAGUUCUACCUGCAGCCUCCUACUGAAAAUAUAUCUCUAAUAGAAUUUGAAAGUUUUGCUGUUGACAGACUCAAAUUACUCAAAGUAGUAGAGAACUUGGGUGUCAGUUAUGUGAAAGGUUCAGAGGAAUAUAAUAGAAGGCUGGCAUCCGAAAUUCGGGCUCUUAAAUUUCCUUACAAGGCUUUGGCUGAAGAGGAUUAUGAUUCAAGAAGAAAAGAUCACAUUUCUCAUUUCAUAUUGCGCCUUGCUUACUGCCAAUCGGAGGAGCUUAGGCGGUGGUUUAUCCAGCAAGAAAUGGAUCUCUUCCGCUACAGAUUCACUCAGCUAAGUGGCCUCUUGACUGAAAAGUUCCUUGAAAAUGUCAGCUUGUCAUAUGAUGUUAUUCCAAAAUCUGAAAAGAUGAACAUUGGAGAGAAGCUGCGAAACUCAACUCCUGGUUUGGGGGGUGUUAAAAUAGAAGAGUUUGUCUUUUAUAAGGUUCCUUUCUGUGAUGCUGUGGAUUUAGUCCGUGUGAGAAAAGUUUACCUUCAUGGUGGCUAUGCCUAUGUACCUCAGCAAGAUUUUGUUACCAUUGUUCUGAACAAUUACAGAACCAAACUGUCAAAAGCCCUGGCACUCACAGCACGGUCAUUGCCCAUUGUACAAACAGAUGAGAGACUCCAGCCUCUGCUCAGUCAUCUCAGUCAUGCGUACGUUGGUCCAGAUUACAGCAUUGAAAGAAACAUUGGGAAAAUUUCAUUAGAACAGAUUGAUACACUUUCUGUUAAAUCAUUUCCUCCCUGCAUGCGCCAACUGCACAAAGCUCUGCGUGAUAACCAUCAUCUCCGUCAUGGAGGCCGUAUGCAAUAUGGUUUGUUCCUAAAAGGCAUCGGUUUAACACUAGAACAAGCUCUACAGUUCUGGAAAUCUGAAUUCAUCAGAGGAAAAGUGGAUGCAGACAAGUUUGACAAAGGAUAUGCCUACAGCAUCCGGCAUUCCUAUGGAAAAGAAGGCAAGAGAACUGACUAUACUCCAUACAGCUGCAUGAAAAUUAUAAUGUCCAACCCACCAGGACAAGGGGAUUAUCACGGGUGCCCAUUCCGUCACAGUGAUCCUGAGCUGCUGAAGCAGAAGCUGCAGUCAUAUAAAAUCCCUGCCUCUGGGAUUUCUCAGAUUUUGGAACUGGUGAAGGGCAUGCACUAUCAAUUGGCCUGUCAGAAAUACUUUGAGCUCACCCAUGACGUCAAUGAUACUGGGUUUUCUUUGAACCACCCAAAUCAGUAUUUUGCAGAGAGUCAGCAGCUACUCGGUGGCAUCAAGGAUAUCAAGAAAGAACAAAGGCAGCCCGAAAGCUCCCACCCAAAGCACAGCAACCAGACAAGUACAAAUACAACAUCCACUUCCUCUUCUGUAAAUACAACAGAGGAAAUGGAACUGGAGGGACUGGAUGACUACUUUGCUGAAGAUUAAGAAGCACCUGUUUCCAUUUUGCAACAUAUAUUUUGAAGUAGCUCUUUUGAGGGUCAGGAGCUGGCAUUGUGGUGUACAUAGGCCUCUUGAAUGCUGCCUUAAACAGAAAAAGGAAAACGUAUUGUCAAGCAUCCAACUCGUGCAUCAGUUUUGAAAAGAAAAUGGCAAAGUCGUUUGCAAGAUCGAACGACUGUGCAUUUCCAUUUCUGUGAGCAAAGCCCUCUGUGUUGCUAAACCUCCCACCUCCUCCCUGGGCUCUCUGUUACCGUGCAGCUUAUUUCCCUCUCUAUUUUUCUUAAUAAAGCGGAUUCUGAAAUGUAGAUGAGUGGAUGCAUUGCUUGCGUUUUUUAGGUGAUAACUGCUAGAUAGCAUUACAUGCAAUCCAUAACAGCUUAUGAAUGGCUUGUAGAAAUAUACAAAAGCUGUCUUGCUGUGAUCUAAAGUAGCAAAGACUGCUGUUUGAAAAAGAAACGAGGUUUUAACUGCAUGAUGCCAAAUAUAUUUACUCUUAAAUGGGUGGAUUGGUCAUAGCCACCAUAAUUAAAAUGAAGAGCUUCACAUCCACCCUGGAAGCUCUAUCUAGGAUUCCUCUUCAUGUGUAGCAAGAAAGUUUUGUAUCUGAAACCAUAAAACUUCAACCAAAAUUUAUGCAUGAAAAACAUGUACAGUGGUACCUCGAGUUACAAACGCCUCAGGUUACAAACGCUUCAGGUUACAAACUCCGCUAACCUGGAAGAGUUACCUCGAGUUGAGAACUUUGCCCCAGGAUGAGAACGGAAAUCAUGUGCUGGCGGCACAGUGGCAGCAAGAGGCCCCAUUAGUGAAAGCAGAAACUAGUUAAGAACAGUUUCAGGUUAAGAACAGACCUCUGGAACGAAUUAAGUUCGUAACUAGAGGUACCACUCAUUCUGGAGCUUCAUUCUUAACCUGCCGCAAAAGUAUUUCACAUCAUGGACUUCCAUCGUCUCUCAGCUUUGAGGGGGGACAAUUUCUGUGUCUGUGUAUUUUGAUAGAACAAAUUGUUUAAUAACAAAUUCAGAGAGUGUAAAAGGAGAUUACCCCAUCUUAUGAACUGAAUUUGAACCAAAGCUAAACAAUAUGCCGUUCUUUCUAUGAAUAUUUUUAUGACCUGCACAAUCCUAUAGAGCUGCCCCAGUUACUGGGUUCAUGCUGCUUAGAUAUUGCUCCUGCAGGAUUCUCAGUGCCACUGAGAAGUGGACAGGCCCACGCUUUCAGCACUAGGAUGCAAAAUUUUGCUUAUUUUGCUUAUUUAUAGAACUCAUUGGGCCUGUUACGUUUUGAUACUGCUGUUAUUUUUCAGUUCUCAUAUACACUACUAGCUGAGCCCAACAUAGGCAGGCUGGGUGAAGUCCUGAUUUAAGCUGCAGUUGUUACUGCCACUCAGAAAAGACAGGAACUACGGUAAGAGGAUUCAUGUACAGCAACUCCAAAGUCUACUGCAGCUCACUUGGGGUGGUAGUCAAGCUCAGCCAAACAAAGAUGUGUGAUCUCCUAUUAAAGGUAAAGGUAAAGGACCCCUGACAGUUCAGUUGUGAACGACACUGGGGUUGUGGCGCUUAUCUUGCUUUACUGGCCAAGGGAGCCGGUGUUUGUCUGCAGACGAUCUCCUAUUAGGGAUGACCAAAUCCACCAAUUUUUGUUUCUUCUGUUUCCAUUCUUAAGUUUAGUUAGAAUAGUUGUGUUUUCUACAUUUUGUAUGUUGCUUUCACUAAUGUGUUCAUUUUUUAUACACACUUUACCCAUGUUAAAUGCGUUCUUGUGCACAUGACUCAGCUGCAGAAGUGCAUCGCUAAAUUUGGAUUCUGAAGGAUGGCUGUGUUCACGAAUUGCUUCCUAAAGUGUGGAUUUGGUAGGCAAGCUUAAUAGAAUUAAUCCCCUUCUGUAUACCCUCUGCCUGAGUCCUUUAUCAUUCUCCUUUUAGUUACCCUUUCCCUUUAGUGUAAAGCACACACAACUUAAGAAAAUCAUCUAUUAAUUUGGACUGCAAUCCUUCAGUUAGGGAUGUCCCCAUAUUGUCCUUGGCACCAUUAUGCUAGCUGGUCACUUGCAACACUGCAGUGUUGGUGAAACUCCCAUUGGUAUCAUAUAUAUUUCAAGCACCAAAGGGGAAAACGUCACUCCAGAAACCAGUUGCUUCUGAAUACCAGUUGCUGGAAACCAUAGGAGAGAAGAGUGCUCUUGUACUCAUGUUCUGCUUGCAGGAUUCCCAGAGGCAUCUGGUUGGCUACUGUGAGAACAGGAUGCUGGACUAGAUGGGCCAGUGGCCUGAUCUAUCAGGCUAUACUUACGUUCACAGAACAUAAUGACACUCGCAACUACAAGGGCAACACCCCUGACUCCCACCAAUCAUAAGGUGGCACAAUGAAGAUGCUUCCCUAAAAGCAGCGGAAGCCGCAAAUCCACUUAUGGCAACAGGGAGGUGCAGGUGAAGGUGUAUCUCGUUGCUCAGGCCUUUCAGGAAAGGUAAGAUGUAUGGAGGAUCUUGUAUGUUUUGGUUGCUGUCAAUGUCUUAAGGUUUUGUAGUUUUAAGCUGUUUAUAGUUAAGUUUGAUUUUGAAGCUUAUUUCUGCCAUGGAAUGCCCUACUGUCGGAUUUUACAGUGUUAAGUUCUUUGGGGCAGGGGCCUGACCUCUUUCAUUCGUGUAAGAACUACUCUUUUUUUUUUUUUGCAGUAUCACAUUGCAUUUAACGCCUGCAUUUAAUGCUUGCUAUAUUUAAUUCAGUGCCAUGUUAAGCAAGUCCAAUUCUUCAAAGUGUUGGCUUUCUAUUUCUCAUCCUCUGGCCCCUGUAAAAUCAAAACCCCUACGUCUCCAGAUGCUUGAUAGAAUUUCUAAUUUUAGAGAACAGUUUGGGCUGCCUGGCUGUCUCUUCGAGUAGUUAGCUCACUUGUUCCUCAUCCUCAAUGCCUAUGUAGUAGGAAAACAGUGGGAUUAUAAGGGUUGUCAUGUUUUCAGCUUUUCUGUUGACAAGCUGCCUUAGGAGCAUCUUUUGUCUUUGGCUGUACUUCAGCCGGGCAGCUGAAGAGGAAAUACUAUGGUUACGCUGGAAAUGGCAUUACCUUUUGUCUGGGCUCUUAACAUUUCAUGCUUGUGCAGCCAUUAGCUGAAGGAGAGAUACUAGAAGAACAGUGUUUGGGGAAAUAGAAGAGCCUGAGGUUAAUUGCUCCCGAGAGAAGGCUUGCUUGGCACUUCUUACCUACAACAGAAUGCCGAUCGGUUGAUAGGCAAGUCUGGGCUGCAACUCUGGAGUGUUGACCGAUCCUCUGAGGCUGUCACUCCCCAUCCAGCUCCACCCCUUGCCUUGAAGACAAAGUUCCACCUGGAAUUUAUUUCAGCUGCUUACAACCCAAGAUAUAACAAGGAUGGGUGUGUUGACAUUAGGCUAGUGCAUUUUCUCUCUCUCAUUCUGGGUUGUAGACAACAACAAAAACAAUUAUAACACACCACAAAUUAAUGAACUGCAGCAUUAUAGUCCUGGUUAAUUGUCAGUUGAAUGCUAUUUUUAACAAUAUCUUUUUAAAAAAGUUAUUACAAAUUGUAAAAAUGGUGCCAUUGCCUUUCAAGCAAGUUUCCCACAGUGCUCUGCACCCCCUCUGCAAAGUCAAAACAGAAUAAAAAUAGCCGAACUUUGCAAACGGGUAAAAAGCAGCAUCGAAACCAUAAGCUAGGAUUCAGUUGAUUAAAGGCAGGGGGAGCUCAGGCUUCAGAAC